AUGGAGAAGGAGAAGAUGGGACAUCGCCCCCGAGAUUUUCCUUUUUCCUCAUAUAUCAAUCCUACACGUUCUAUUGGCUACUGUGUAUCCCAUUUAGAUCCAGGUACGCACUUUUCUUCAACGUCCGCUUUACUUUUCUCCCUUCUUCCUUUCGUGUCUACUGCAUCCGUUGGAUCGUGCCCUGAACUAAUCGUUGUCUCAUGGUAUAGUGCCGGAACGACGAUGGACGUUGAUGGAGCCAUUAUCGUAUGGCUCCGAGUUAAGGAUACGGAACAUCUCGAAUUUGCACCUUCUGGCUCCAGGGAUAUAGCCGAGGAUACUAAAAAGAUCGAGGGGACAAUUCCACUAUAUUCCCUAAGAUACAGCCGAUCCCCCGACAUGAAGCUGAACGCACGUCAACGUCGUCGCCUAUCAAAAGGGUGCUAUUCACAAAAGACAGUCCCGAGCAUGUUAUUUUUCGAUGUCAAACUUCAAGUUCUUACCGGUGUCCAGUGUCCGGAUCUUGAGAGAAGGCGCAAAUAUCGCGGAGAGCGAAGGACAUGGCUCAAGUAUCCAUUUUUACGGGAACUGGUACAAGUUGAAAGGAAAUAA